AGAGCGUGUGGCGUAAUUUCUGCCGUUAAUAUCCGUGAAGAAGAAGAAGAAUCUGAAAACGGAAGUGGAGUUUUCCGGUGUCCUUGUGUGAGAGAGAGGCGACUGCUGCAGACGGAUUAUAAAGAUGAACAAACACAUAUUUGCACUCCAGCAGGUGGCGCGGCGGACCAUCUCCAGCUCCGCCCGCAGACAGGUUGACAACAAAGUCCCACAGAAACAGAAGCUGUUUCAGGAGGAUAACGGGAUGCCGAUUCACUUAAAAGGAGGCACCUUCGACGCUCUGCUGUACAGAACAACGAUGGUCCUCACCGUCCUGGGAACGGGGUACGUUGUGUAUGAACUGGUGAAGGCAGCGUUCCCUCAGAAGAAAUAAUGACUCAGUUACAGCUUCCAUUUUAGAAACAGGCCAGCUGAUCUAUGUUGUGUAAAAAGAUGAUAAUCCUCCGUCUGUGCCGGUCUGCGUGUUUCCUGUCAUGGAGAGAUAUUGUUUCAUGUUCAUGGGAUCAAUAUUUAUUUCUUGUACUCUUUCUGAUGACCUGAGGAUCAAUAAAAAAAUGCCUCUCAUGACCAAAA